AGCGGUCACUGACUGAGUUUAUUCCAUUAUUCUACUAGUACUUCUGUACAGAUUCAGGUGCAGACGACAGGGUGCGUGAAGGUCUGUUUCUUAUCGCAAUCGACACCUUUUUGAGACCUGAGCCCCGAAAGAUUAGAGCUGCCAGUCGAAAACUGCAGGUCGUAUGUAGUGCAGAGUGCAGAGAGUGGAGGGCAAAGUGAAUGCAAGUGGUGCGAGUGCGGAAUCACACCAUGCUGGAGGUCGACAAAAUACUGGAGAAAUGCGGCGACUGCAAUCGCCUGCAGCUGCUGAUGCUGCUGCUCUUCUGUUUGAUCAAUAUGCUGUCUGCCCUGCACUACUACUCCCAGACGAUCAUCAGUUUUGUGCCCAAAUAUUGGUGCGCGGAUGGUCUGCCAGUUGGCAGCAAGCCUCCCAGUGAGUCAAGCUGCGUUUCUUCGGCACAGAAUGGCAGUGGCAGUAGUACCUGUCACGGCUAUGACUACGAGCUCUUCAUGGGCUACGAGAGCUUCACCUCGGACAUGAACUGGAUCUGCGAGGACGCCUGGAAGCUCACCCUCGGCCAGUCCAUGUUUUUUGUGGGUUCCGUGGUGGGCACCCUGGUGCUGGGAUUCCUCGCGGAUGUGGUGGGUCGUUUGCCCAUUCUGGUGGUGGCCAAUAUGAUUGCCAUGGUCGGAAAUCUGCUGACCAUCUGGGGCACCAAUCUCACGCUCUUCUGUGUCUUCCGUUUGGUCUCUGGCUUUGCCACGGAUAGCAACUUUGUGAUGAUGUAUAUACUGGUCAUGGAAUACAUGCGUCCCACCUUGCGCACAGUGGGUCUCAGCCUCUGCAUUGGUUUCUUCUAUUGUCUGGGGUCCAUGGCCGCUCCCUGGAUUGCCGUCCUGAUGCACAGCUGGCAGGGUUUCCUCCUGGCCACUUCGCUGCCCUUCCUGUUGGUGCCCUUCUUCUAUCUGAUCGUCCCUGAGAGCAUCCAGUGGCUGAUCUCCAAGCAGAAGUACGACCGCGCUGUGGUCUGCCUGAAGCGCGUGGCCAAGAUCAAUGGCCGGCAGGUGGACGAGAGCAGCUACCAGGAGUUCAUCGAGGAGUGCAAGUUCAGCCAGCAGCACACCAAAGCCACCCCCAAUCUGCUGGAUCUGUUCAGGACCCCGCGUCUAAGGAGGAACACCCUCAUUCUCUUCUUCAAAUCCAUGGUCAUUACCCUCUGCUAUGAUGCCGUCUCUCGCAACGUUCAAGGUCUUGGCAUUUCGCCAUUUCUGAUGUUCUCGCUGAGCGCCACCACCAUUCUGCCGGCCUGUCUGCUGAUCAUCGCCCUCCAAGAUCGGAUCGGACGCAAGGCCAUGGCCUCCAUUUCGCUCCUGCUGAGUGGAAUAUUCAUCUCGGUGACGGGUGGCAUACUCUUUGCUUCCCCUGCCACAGAUAAGACCACCACUCUGCUGGUCAGCCUCUCGGUUGUGGGUCGCUUUGGGGUGACAGUCGCCUAUAACUCCGGGGCUCAAUAUGCCACUGAACUGAUUCCCACGUGUGUCAGGGGACAGGGUGUGGCUGCGGUGCAUGUGGCUGGCUAUGCCUUCACCUUCUUCAGCGCCUUCAUCCUGUACACUCGGAGCAUCUUUUCCCCUAUGCCGGAGAUCAUCCUGGGCCUGAUCUCGCUCCUUGGAGCCUGCCUGUGUCUCUUGCUGCCAGAGACACUGCAUCGGACGCUCCCCACAUCCCUGGAGGAUGGCGAGAACUUUGGCAAGAAUGAUCGCUGGUUUUCCUUCAGCUUCACGGAGCGACGCACUCAGUCGGCCACCACCUUGGCCUCUGGGCACAACACCAAGAUCCAUUCGAAUUCCACGGAUUCGGCGGUUUACUUUUGAUUAGAUUUUAAGCUGGGAUGAAGGUAAUUGAUCUUCAUUAUACGCGUAUGUAGCUGUAGGCCGUCUUCAGAAGAUGUCACUGAACGAUUCCAAGGUAUUAUAUACCGAUCGAUUGAAUAAACAUAUGGAUAGACCUUUCAGUGUUUUGGUAGGCGAAACAUCUGUGAUUCUGCCUGUGAUUCGCGUGACCAAUGUUUGUACAGCCUUCCCCACUGUUUCUAUUUGCUCAGCGGCUUGAGACAUAAAACACCUUUCAAGAUAUGCGAA